AUGUGCAGCUGUUCGGGAACAUCGCUGAUCGAGGUUAUAUCGCAGCAUUUCCGAUCGAAGAAGCACUAUAGUGCCGAGAGAAGAAGAAUCCAAGUUCGGAAGCACGGUGCCGAGCCGAACGACCAUUUAAUAUCCCAAGAAACCGUUAAGGCAGACAGUCGAAAUUCCAGUUCUGGCCCCUCGAUCUGCCCAUAUACCGAUCUUCAGAAGAAGAAGAAGAUUGAAGAAAAGAAAUACGUGUCGGUUUCAGACUGUCUUCUUGGCCCGCCUUAUUUAGGCACAUAUACCGGUUUUGCUUUUUAUUCUGGGUCGAACCAUAACCGUGCUUCUAUCUGUUGCGUCAGAAGAAUCUCGCUUGUUCUCAAGGCCGAGAGCCGUCUCGGCACUGGUCAUGUACAUUCCUGUAGGUACCUUCCACGGUACUCUGCCGAUGCCGAUGCCGAUAUGAGAUAUCUGACCUUCUGA